CUCAUGCCCUCAUUUUUUUAAGUCUGUUUGGAUCACAUUUAUACAAGUGCUCGUAACACACCUGUUAGGGAGUAUCUGUCUGUAGACCCACAAAGGCAGAAAUAUGUUGUCUGAGGAGCAGUUUUGGUGCAGCAUCUGUCUGGAUAUCUUCAACAACCCUGUCUCCAUCCCAUGUGGGCACAACUUCUGUAUGGGAUGCAUCAAAUGCUUCUGGGAUACGAGACAUAAGUCAGAGUGUCCACUGUGCAAAGAGGCCUUCAGAAAACGCCCAGAACUGAGGAUCAAUGUAGGCUUGAAAGACAUCACAGAGCAAUUCAAAAGAUCUAUAAAGGGCCAGCCACCAUACAAGCCAGCCCCAGCAAAGAGAAGUAUGCCAAGACAACCUUCUAUGUCUGAUGUUCCCUGUGACGUCUGCCAAGGAACCAUUAUAACGGCGGUUAAGUCGUGUUUCGUCUGCCAGGAAUCUUACUGUGAAACUCACUUGACACCCCAUCUUAGAGAUACAGUGUUGACAAAGCACAGGCUGACAGAUCCGGCCACCUUCAUCACCAGUCACCUCUGCAUAAGUCACAACAAGCUCCUGGAUAUGUUUUGCAAGAAGGAACAGACACCUAUUUGUAUGAAAUGCAGAGAGAAGGACCACAGACACCAUGAGAUCGUCCCGAUAGAGAAGGAGAGCAUGUUGGUUAGGACUAAGUUGAAGAAGGCCGAUGCAGACUUUCAGCAUAUGGUCAACACCAGAAUGAAAAAGCUUGACGAGGUCAUAGCUUCAAUGGAGUCGAGAAAAAUGAAUGAAGAACGAGAAUUACAAACAAGCACUCAGGUCGCCAACAUGGUGAGUGGCAUCAUUGAAAAGAACCACGCUUCGCUCAUCCAGGAGAUCCAGCAGAAGCGGGAAGCAUCCGAGGGGAUAGAGAAGGAGCUUAUCAAAGAGCUCAGGGGGGAACUCAAUGAGCUGCAGAGGAGACGAAGUGAACUGCAGCACCUGGAGAACUCCGGCGAGCCUCUUCAUCUCCUACAAAGUUUCCCCUCUCUGAGUUCUCCGCUGUCCACCAGGGACUGGUCCCAGGUCAAAGUGAACUCAAACAGCUGCAUAGGGACAGUGAGGAGAGCUUUCUCCAAGCUGGUGGACGCGUGCCAUACACUUGAAAAGAAACUGUCUGCAGAAGAAAUCAGUAAGGCAAAUCAAUAUGCAGUGGAUGUGACUUUGGAUCCAAUGACUGCUUCGGGCUGGCUGUGUCUGUCCCCAGAUGGGAAACAGGUGAGCCUCAGCCUCCAGCAGAAGAAACCCUCUCCCCCUGACGACCCCCGCAGGUUUGACUCAUGCGUCUCAGUUCUGGGGAAAGAAAGCUUCACCUCUGGGAGACAUUACUGGGUGGUUGAGGUUGGGGAUAAAACAGACUGGGAUCUUGGCGUGGCCAAGGAGUCCAUCAACAGGAAGGGGGCCAUUACAGUACAUCCCCACAACGGUUACUGGGCGAUCUGCCGGAGGAAAGGCGGCAAUCUCAGCGCCUGUGCCGGUCCCUCCAUCACCCUCCACCUCCAGGAAACCCCCAAGAAAGUGGGCGUGUUCCUGGACUACGAGGAAGGGUUGGUGUCCUUCUACAACGCAGAAGCAAAGACCCACAUUUACACUUACAGCGGGUGUGACUUCACUGAGACACUAUACCCGUACUUAAACCCCUGUCUUCUUGACAACGGGAAGAACACUGCCCCGUUGAUUAUCUGUCCUGUUGAGCUUGGGCAAGUUGAAAAGAUUGCGGCAUUUUCAUAA